CUGUUGCCCCCGUGCUGCUCUGCUCGCUUUCCCCUUCACUGCUCACUCUGCUCGGCACUCUCCUCCUCUGCUCACACUCGGUCUCUCUGUAGCGGAGCUGCGCAAUGGCGGCGUCCAGGGCGCUGAUGCUGGCCGUGGCCGUGGCCGCGGUGGGGUUCUCCGGCGCGACGGACCACAUCGUGGGCGCCAACCGCGGAUGGAACCCAAACAUCAACUACUCCAGCUGGUCCGCCAACCAGACCUUCUUCGCUGGCGACCUCAUCUCGUUCAGGUACCAGAAGGGGACGCACAACGUGUUCGCGGUGAACGAGACCGGGUACGACAACUGCACCAUGGCCGGGGUCACCGGCAACUGGACCUCCGGCAAGGACUUCAUCCCGCUCCCGGGCCCCGGUCGCUACUUCUUCAUCUGCGGCAACGGCUUCUGCCAGGCCGGCAUGAAGGUCGCCAUCACCGUCCACUGGUCCGAUAUCGGACCACAGAUCUACCCGCCGCCGGCCCCCGCCGCCUCCUCCUCCCCCUUCGCCGCAGGGGCGUGGCCGCCAGCGACGCUCACUGCCGCGCUAGGAGCUGCUGCCAUUCUUCUCCUUUACUAGUUACUAGAGUAUGAUCUGCGGCAAUUGACCGGGACAUGGUCUCUAAUAUAGUCUAAUUGGGGCACAUUUACCUAGCUUAGCUUUCCUCAUGUAAUGUAUGCACGUCUGCAUUUCGAGUAUCAGUAGAAUGUACUGUACUCAUGAAUGACCACGGCAGUUGCACUUCA